AAAUACUUAUAAUCAUUAUAAUCAGUAUAUAUAUAUUCAGCACAAUUCAGAUCUCAGUAUAUAUGUAUUUUGUAUUUUUGUUGUACAUACACGUAAUUGGUUGUACUCGGUUGUACUGAAGUAAGAACAGAAAUAAUGAAAUCUAUACUGAUAACCGGUUGUAACAGAGGUCUAGGCUUAGGUCUUGUCCAACAAUUAGUUAAUUUGCCAAGCCCACCAGAAAAAAUAUUUGCAACUUGCCGGGAUAUUUCAAAAGCAACUAAACUUAAGGAGAUAGCUGAUAAGAAUAAAAAUGUUCAAAUCAUCGAGAUUGAUUUAAAAGAUACAACGAGAUACAACGAAAUCAUUGCUAAAGUUGAAGAACAAGUUGGUGAUGAUGGAUUAAAUGUGUUGUUUAAUAAUGCUGCAAUUGCAAUACCGACAACUAUUGAAGAUGUUGAAGUAGAUACCAUGGCAGAGGUUUAUCUUGUCAAUACAAUUAUCCCGGUUAUGCUGACAAAGGCGUUUAUGCCACUUUUAAAAAAAGCUGCUAAAAAAAAAAAUGAAUUUGGAAUUGAUCGUGCAGCAAUUAUUAAUAUGAGUUCCCUUGUUGCAAGUAUCACUGAAAAUACCCUGGGAGGAAAAUAUGCAUAUCGUUGCAGCAAAACUGCUAUUAAUGCAGCAACAAAAUCAAUGAGCAUUGACUUGAAAAAAUAUGGAAUCAUGGCAAUAUCCAUGGAUCCUGGCUGGGUGCAAACUGACAUGGGGGGAUCAAAUGCAAAAAUUGAUGUUGAAACAAGUACAUCAAACAUAAUCAACGUACUUCAAUCACUCGAAGAAAAACAUUCUGGCCAAUACAUUCAAUAUUCUGGUAAAAUAUUACCUUGGUAAACAUAAUUUUAUUUUUCAUACAGUAUACACUCACUUAAAUUUACUAUUUAUAAAUAAAAUAUUUGUUUCUUAUUUCACAUACUUUUUUUUUUUCAAUCAAAUAAAAGUUAAAAUUUUUAAUUCUAUUUUUAUUUUUGAAAGUCAAUUGAUAAUAAUUAUGGACUACUAUAAAAAAAUUAAUCUUUAAAUUUAUUCGAAUAAAAUUAAUUUGUUAUAUCUAUAUGAUUAUCCGGUUUUAUAAUUCGGCAAUUAUAAUUAUAAAUUAUUCAGUCAGUCUUAAGUACUUUUGGUGUUGGUUCACUGUUCUGUGAAUUUGAAUCCUCAGAAAAAUUUAAAUGAGUUGAAAAAUCAGUCAUUCCUUGUGAAUCACUGACUGUUGAAAAACCUGUAACAAUAUUGUUUGUUAAAUAAAAUUAUAUUUUAAAUAAU